AAUUUUUCAGGAAAAUUGGCGAAAUUUCAUUCUUUUACGUUUUAAAAACAAACUCGGCGUUCAUAUUUCACGAGAUAAGUCGUACGGGUUGAGGUUGUGAUAACAAUAAAUCAGUUACGCGAUUACUCGAAUAAUAUUGAUAAUGAACUCGAUGAUAUUUUUUCAAAUGGAUAAAAAAUUAUUAGACCAUUUGUAGAGAGCAGACUAUUUAGUGCUUCGGAAACAGCUGACUUGCGUCUGGUCUGACAGGGCGGUGGGGUAACGUCGUUUGGGGCAGAGCCUAUAUGAGGAACUGCAUAGACUGCAGCGCGGUGAUCAGUUUAAAUCUACAUCAACAGGUUAUCCGCCUUGUGAGAGUCAUUUAUUUAACACCAUUUCUGCCAUGUGUGCUUUUCCAUACAGAUUUACAGUCCACAGACUGGAAAUUGUAUCAUUGGUUGGCUCGGUAUAGAUUUUCAGCAGUUACCAGCUGCGAGAAAUUCUCCAUACCACUGGUAUAGCAGUGCUAAUUAUCACGUGAACAUUUUGGCAGAGGUAGCAGGUCAAUCAAUCAUCUGUUUUCAUCAAGCCGAAAUUGCCGCUUUAAGGACAUGCUGGGAAACAGUAGGGUUUCCUUUGGAUCAUUAAAAACGCAUUAAGCCAAGAAAUCCCCCGGCAGUUGACAAGGCCACAGAUACUUAAUUAAAAUUAUUAUAAUCCCUAUCGAAAAUUGAUCACACAAGUGAACUGCAGACUGCUUGACUACAAACUCAACAAUUUUUCUUUUCUGCCGGGGCAACAUCGUCAAGGUGACACAUGACUGAGACUAAUCAGCUCAUUCGGCAGUGUCGCUCGCUCAAAGAAAAACCACUUUAUGUGCGAGAGUGAGGUCAGCCUACGCAAACCCGACAUCCAUCUCUGUCAAUCUCCAAAGACGAAACAACCAACAUAAACACAACAUGGAAUAUCUAUGUUGAGUGCUCAGCAGUCUUCCCCUCGCAUCUUGAGCACUUAUUUGGUUUAGGGCAGACGGAGAGCCAACCAAACCCUUGAAUUCAGACCUCUAAAAAUCGGAAUGUGAUUUCACCAGAAGAUAAGAAUUUACGAUGCUCUUAUCCAGAACGGUCAACCAUAAAAUGUGCCGUUCGAGGACCCAACUAGUACGUGAUGCAACUCUUGUGAAUUUGUAUUAUAACGCAAACUUGUCGUGCCGUGAUUAAUAUUUAACUCGAGGCGAUAAAAUUAAAGUUUGCACGAUGAGCUCCGUGAGAAGAACAGCGACCGCCAAAGGCGGCACUGCACGUCGCAUGGGCCACGUGCUAAUCGGCUCGUCCCCAAGUGUGAGGAAUCUGUCACCAGGAAACAUCGGACGAGACAGCAAUACCGGUUCCCCUCUCCACUCCAGGUCCAAGUAUGAAUUGAGAAGUGUCAGCUUUGAGGGAUCCAGUAGGGUGCUGCCAUGGACAACGCGCUCACCAGCCACUGACACUGUUUCACGGAGGGGCGUCUUUUCCCGGCGAUACUAUGGCAGCAUCGAAAUGUUGCCGCAGGUCGAGCAGGACGGCUUGGAAAACGGACGAAGAUUUCGAGUUGAAAAUGGCGAUUCUCUUGGGGAAAAAGAAGAGUUAUGCAAAAAGUUCCAAGCCGUCUCCAUCACGUCGUGGAGACGAAAAGUAAGUUUGACGAACUUUCCAGAUGUUCGGAUCGCCCAGUACGCCGGUACUCGAAAAUCCGGAGAACCAGACACGAUGGUACUUCAAGUAUUUUCUUGGAAAGCUUCACCAGAAUUACGUCGGGUCGGAUCAAGAAAGAAGUCCCAUCUUUCUCUCUGUUGUCCUCAGCGAAGGAGCCGGAGAUCGCUGCGUUCCACAUUACAGAGCCAUUCUGUGGCGGCGAACAGGAGCGCAAAAAAUAUCCCUACCUUACAUGGCAAACAAACCUAUGACGGUGAAGCAAAUUUUGAGGUCAGUAAACUUAAUCAAUCUAUCGUAAUACGUCCAUCACAUUACAUAUGCAUUAUACAAUAUGCAUGUAUAUUCCGUGAUUCUUGUUGUACUGAUGUAACAUAUGACUUCAGCAAUUUUCCUGGGAUGGACAGACUGGAUAAAGGACCACGUGAGAUAUUUUCUCCGGACAUACAAAAGGAUCUUUUACUGUUGGAGGAACAAGAAGGUUCUGUGAAUUUCAAAUUCGGCGUUGUCUAUGCCAAGGAGGGUCAGACGACAGACGAUGAGAUGUUGUCUAACGAAAAAGGAAGCCACGAUUUUCACCGAUUCUUAGAUCUACUUGGCGAAAGGAUUCGACUGAAAGGCUGGGACAAGUAUAGGGGUGGUCUGGAUGUUAAAGGUGACAUGACGGGCAAGGAAAGUGUGUACACUGUCUAUGCGGGACAUGAAGUCAUGUUUCACGUAAGCACCAUGCUCCCGCACUCCAAGGACAAUCCUCAACAACUCGAACGUAAACGGCACAUCGGAAAUGACAUAGUCAACGUUAUUUUUACCGAUGAUCCAACCGCACUUGACUCGUUCAAUCCAAACUGCAUCAAAAGCCAAUUCACCCACGUAUUCGCAAUAGUGAGCAGCAACAGCAGCGGAUGGAGAGUCGCGGUUUACUGCGACGAAUGCGUACCUCUUUUUGGACCUAGUUUACCCUGCCCUCCAGUCUUCAACGACCCGCACACCUUCAGGGAGUUCCUCUUGGUGAAGCUUAUCAACGGGGAAAAGGCGACGUUCAACACUCCCACGUUCGCUCAAAAGAGAGAAAGGACUCUGGACAUGUUAAUCAGGGACCUCUACCAGGAACACGUGCAGGACACCAAGGGCAGCAAUAUGCUGAACCGACGCGCCCUUUCCGACGUCGUCGAGGCGCCGGGACGACGGCGUGAAGAGACACGUGCCGUCGAAAUGGUUCGCGUAGGACAGGCUUACAAACUCGAAGCCAUAGUCAGAGGCCUCGCACCAACGUCAAUGGCCACGGCUGGUCCCUUCAAGCCGAGUCCUUGGGAACCCCUUUGCGUGUACCCGGAUUUUCCGCAGGAUAUCAUCUGCGGAGAUUCAUGGUCGCAGAAGAACCGAAUGGUUCUGUCAACCGAAUUCGGGACGUUUCUCAUAGAAGACGGUCUUUCGCACAGACUAAUAUUCGACAAGUCCGUCCAGAUAAAACAAUUAGACGUGGUGGAACAACACGGGAUCCUGCUAAUCAGAGCCGGCGACCGCGGGAGAGACAGCAAAAUCCACGUGUUUCGUCUGAGCGAGUUCGAUGCGGAGGCUGGAGGAGACACAUUGCCCAAGACGAGAUCACACUCCAAGGAGAGAAAACUGGAGCGCACCAGAGGCUGCCACAUAUACUCCCUUACUCGACCGGGUGGCUCGCAUCUGCGAAUGUGCGCUGCCAUAGGGCGUCGACUGGUCGUUAUGCAGUGGAAACACAGCGCUGCUUGGACCGCUUGGUGCCCGGCAUCCGACACCGACACCGUCGACGGUUUCGUCUUCGUCAAGGAAUUGACGGCUAGCGAAGUGCCGAGCUUCGUGACCAUCGUUGAGGGGGCGACGGGAUGCGGUGAUUGGGCACUCUGCUGCGCUCUGCGACAUAAUUUCGAGCUCAUCUCGGCGGAGGGUGCAUCAAGAAUACUAUCCGUGGAAACGAGCAACAAGCCCCAUCUCGUCGCUGCUCUGGACCUUCGAGAAGACGAGGAGCCGGAACUGCUUCUGUGCUACAAUAAUACGUGCCAUUUCCAAAAGCUCAUGGACGAAAGCAUGGCUUCGACGGCGUUCGAUUUUCAUUGGAAUUCCGUACCGACGGCGGUUGUAUGUGCAUUUCCAUACGUAAUCGCUUUCACAUCGGACACGAUGGAGAUCAGAUUGAUUAUAAAUGGAAAUCUUGUACACACAAUGGUGAUGCCGAACUUGAAUUUAAUAUCCUCGAAGAAUGACAUAUUCUUCGCGACCACGGCCCCGGAAUUCUUCUCCACCCGCACCGAGAGGAUCCACUUUGAUGGAAAGACGGAUAAAGACGACAAGAACAACAGCCCCCCAGCAUCACCCCAUUCCGCCCCUCUUUCAGCCUCACCCGAAGCCAAGCCGAUGAGGAUCUACAAGAUUCCUCUGAGCACCCUCUCGGGAACAACGGUUGCCACCUGCGAGAGGCGAUGCCCGAGUCCUGCGGAGCCGGAUUUAGUACCCGCACCACCCUCUGGGGAUGCCAACUUUCUUACGGUCGACUCUAGCAGAGCUUUGAGCAGAUCGUGCAGCAGCAGUCCGACGCCCGGUCACGUGCCCUGCUUACCGGGCAUGGGAAUAAACAAGUAACAUUGUUAUACAAAACGUUGAAGAAUUCGAUUGAAAUUAAUUUUUCUUUAAUUGACAGAAAAACAAGAAAAAAAAAGAAACAAACAAAAAACACAACAGAAAUUAGGAUUUUUACGAACGAUUGAAUCGCCAAUGCCUCAAUUCCACUGAGCCCACAUUGGGGCAUUAGCUUCAAGCAUGAUGAUAUAUAAAUAUAUUAUAGAUAAUAUAUAUAUAUAUAUAUAUAUAAUAUAUAAAAAUAUACGGUAUAAA